UCUGUUUUGCAGUCGGCUGAUUGCUGCUGUUGAGCACAUGACAGGAAAGCACAGAGGCUGCGGGGAGAAAGUGCAGAGCAAGUGAAGCAGACCAGCCGAUGGGUUUCUGCUCCGUUUAACAGCACAGGCUCAGUAGCUUUAACAUAGACCAACACGUGGACCAACACUUCAGACUCCCUCCAAAUAUUUCGAAUUAGGGAAGAAGAAAUGAAUCUUGCAAACAAGAGUGGAACAUCCAGAGACAUAUAUGACUGGGACUAUGUUCUGUGGGAAGUUCGUUUGACAUUACUAGCAGCUGGUUUUUUUAUCUACCUGGGAGUAUUUCUUCUAGCUCACUGGCUGUCCUCAUGGAUCAGUGCCAGUUAUCGCACUUUGCCAGGAAAGGAGAAGGCCUUCUGGAAUAUGCAUAUGACACGUGGUGUGUUUGCAGUUCAGAGUUGUGGAGCUGGCUUGUGGGCCUGGUUCAUAGAUCCAGUUUUUCAAGCUGACCAAGUGUAUUCACAGCAAAAGUGGAGCUAUUUUCAUUGCUUAAUAGCCGCUGGCUACUUUUUACUUGACAAUGUACUUCUUCAUGUUUCUAAUAUUCUUUUCGGGAUGUUUGAUGUGUUUUCAGUGGUUCAUCAUUUAUUUGCCUUUGGUGCGAUUCUUGUUGUGAUAACAAACAUAAAGUCUGGACACUAUCUAAUCUUGACUGGACUGCUACUUGAGAUAAGUUCUCCUUCAACCUGCCUCUCCCAUGUGCUUUCAAAGAUUGGCUAUGAAAAUACCCAUUUUUGGAAGGCAAACCAAUGGGUACUGAUCCGCAUGUGUCACUGCCGCAUGGUCCUUUCUUAUCACAUGCUGUGGGUGUGUAUUUCCAAUUGGAAUGAUGUGGUGGAAAAUAUGGGACUUCCGUAUUUUAUCAUCUUUUUCAUGGGGUUAAGUAUAUUUACAUUCAUAAUUAAUCCACACUGGACAUACGAAACAACUAAGAAGUUCUUCUGUCAAGUUGAUGGGAACUCUUCAAAUACAGCAGUGAAAAAUGAAUCUUCUGAAACAGAUCAGAAGAAGAUGAUAUAGUGCUGCAACAGCUGUUGGGGUAACUGGAAAAUAUGUCCGGAAGAAUGUGGUGCAGGUUUACUACCAAAUCCAUGAAAAUAGAAUUGCUUACAAGAAGUCUAUGAAUAUAUUGAUCCCUUCACAGUUUGCUAUCAGUGUACUUUACUCAUUUAUCAAAAGUGUUUUAAAAUUGUUUCUGUCUAUAUUUAAAGUACACACACACACACACACACACACACACACACACACACA